CAGGUUCCGGGGCGCCGCGGAGCUCCAGGCCUGUGGCUCUCCCGCGGCGCUCCUCGGUCUCAGGGCCGCGCGCCCUGCGGCGGCCGGGAUGGAGGAGGCCGGAGCGGCGGUGGCCACGGCUGGGGAGGCCGAACUGAACUUGUCCCGCCUCAGUGUGCCCCCCGAGACCCUGGAGACCGAACUGGAGUUGCGGGGCGAGGAGCGGCGCGGCGCCCGGGAAGCGCUGCUGCGGUUGCUGCUGCCGCACAACCGUCUGGUGUCGCUGCCGCGGGCGCUGGGCAGCGGCUUCCCGCACCUCCAGCUGUUGGACGUGAGCGGCAAUGCGUUGACUGCGCUGGGGCCGGAGCUGCUGGCUCUGCGCGGCCUGCGCACGCUGCUGGCCAAGAACAACCGGCUCGGCGGGCCCGGCGCGCUGCCCAAAGGCCUGGCCCAGUCGCCGCUGUGCCGCAGCCUGCAGGUGCUCAACCUCAGCGGGAACUGCUUCCAGGAGGUGCCCUCCUCGCUGCUGGAGCUGCGCGCGCUGCAGACCCUCAGUCUGGGCGGCAACCAGCUGCAGAGCAUCCCCGCGGAGAUCGAGAACUUGCAGAGUUUAGAGUGUUUAUAUCUUGGAGGAAACUUCAUCAAAGAAAUUCCACCAGAAUUAGCAAAUUUGCCUUCUCUAACUUAUUUGGUAUUGUGUGACAACAAAAUCCAAAGUGUGCCUCCUCAACUAUCACAGAUGCAUUCCCUUCGUUCCCUCAGUCUUCAUAAUAACUUGUUGACUUAUCUGCCUCGAGAGAUCCUCAACCUUAUUCAUUUGGAAGAAUUGAGUUUGCGAGGAAAUCCACUGGUUGUUCGUUUUGUUAGAGAUUUAACCUAUGAUCCUCCAACUCUCCUGGAAUUAGCUGCACGGACCAUUAAAAUUCGAAAUAUUUCAUAUACUCCUUAUGAUCUCCCUGGGAAUCUUCUUAGAUACUUGAGUUUAGCCAGCAAUUGCCCAAAUCCAAAGUGUGGAGGAGUCUAUUUUGACUGCUGUGUCCGACAAAUUAAAUUUGUGGACUUCUGUGGGAAGUACCGCCUCCCUCUGAUGCACUACUUGUGUUCUCCAGAAUGCUCUUCCCCCUGUAGUUCUGCCUCUCACAGCUCCACAUCCCAGAGCGAGUCUGACUCGGAGGAUGAAGCCAGUGUUGCUGCACACAGAAUGCAGAAGGUUCUUCUUGGUUAAGAAGGGUAUAGGGUGGUAUGAAAUAACAAAGACUGAGCAAAGGUGACUAGACAAAAAAAGACUUUGAAGUUCACUAGAAACCUUAUUUUCAUUUUAUGAAUGUUCAUGAAAGAGAGAGAGAUGAUAUAAGAGUUUGUAUCUCAUCUACUUAGUAGGAAUGAGUCCCCUUCUACAUUUGGAUUCUUCAAAUAUAAUUCACUAUAAAUGACGGUUUCAAUUUGGGCUAUUUGCAGUUGUCACUCACAUUUUGCGUGAAUCACAGCAGAAUGAAACUUUCUGAAGAACAUUGCUAUAAUAAGCCACAAGUGGUGUAACCUGUGACAGUUGAGAUAUAGACAGCAAUGAUGAAAGCUGUAAUUGUCACCAGAGUGACAGUUGGUAUCGGUGGAACACUACACCACAGUGGGAGUAGCCCUCCCUUCUUGCAUUGCCCGGCAGUCUAGAGCUAUUCAAAUAAACCCAUGUGUAGUUACGUAAUACCUAAACCUCUUUGACCUACUAGCUGAUAAAGUUUGGGUAGAACUUUUAUGUGGAAUUUUAAAACUCUUCAGUUCUGCUCCUUUGUUCCACAUGAUUGUUGUUACUCUUGCAUCAUCCAGCAAGAACUGUUUAGUGCCUUAAUCUUAGCAAGGAUGUAGAAAUUUAUUCAAGAAACUAUGCAGACAAUUUAAAAUAUGCUUUAACAGAAAAAGGUAAACAGUUGCAUUUCUGACAUCGUAGCUCCUGGCCAUUGUUAACUCAUUUUCUAAUUUAAAGAUUAAAUGAUCUUCUAUCAGUGAUUCACUUUUACACUUAAUGGGAGGCCCAAGUGUUGAUCAGGCUGUCAUAAUCAUUUUGGACAGAAAAUGUCAGACUUCUUUUGAUAGAAAAAUGUAAACCAGAGAAGUUUCUUUGUAUCUUGCUUUAAAGGAGUGAGAAAAUAUUUUUUAAAAUUUUGACAGUAGAAUAUGACUUUGCCUCUGUGAUCUGCACUAUAAUUUUCUGUACUUUUAAAAGAAAAACUUCAAAAACACUUUUGCUCAAAAAAUUGGGGGCAGCAGUCACUGCAUUUGUACACAGUAGAACAAUUUUUAAAACUAGUUAAAAUCGUGGUCUACA